GUAAAAUAAUCCACGUCCUGGUUCAAAUACAAACUGAGUGCUGGAACGAGCAGUCUGUUUCGACUCCAGUAUAAUUUUUUAAAUAUAGGCGGAGGAUUUCGUUGCGGAAUCUACUGCUAACAUGAAACUCGUACGAUUUUUGAUGAAAUUGAGCCACGAGACCGUUACCAUUGAACUGAAGAAUGGCACUCAGGUCCACGGAACUAUCACAGGAGUUGAUGUCUGUAUGAAUACCCACCUAAAAGCUGUGAAAAUGACACUGAAAAACAGAGAGCCGGUUCAGUUGGAGUCCCUAAGUAUUCGUGGCAACAACAUCCGCUACUUCAUUCUGCCAGACAGCCUGCCUCUGGACACGUUGCUGGUUGACAUCGAACCUAAAGUCAAGUCUAAGAAGAGGGAAGCUGUGGCAGGCCGUGGUAGAGGCCGCGGUCGGGGUCGAGGUCGUGGCCGAGGCCGGGGCAGAGGGGGACCCAGAAGAUGAACCAGGUGUCUCUCUUCAUGCUGCAAGCCUUCGUUGUUUGGUUUACACAUAUUUCAGGAAACGUGUGGAAAUUGAAGCAUCUUUUUUGUUUUGCUUUGUAAUAAACCUAAUCACUAGCCACAUCA